CUAAACUUACCUUUCCAGUUUAACAAAGAUACCAGAAGUCCACUGAUCGCGGUGCCUUUCAGACGUGUUUGUCUAGCGGUGUGUUGGUCUUCGGUUGUCGUGCGUCUGGUACUUCUUCAUGCUCAGUCCAUAGAAGUGAGCUGAGGGAUGGUCAUGGUAGAACAUUCAGCCGGUCUCGAACUGAAGACCUUCAGCUCAGAACAACACCUCCACUCCCCCACAUGUGCCGUACAUUUGCUACAUCGCAGGCAAGCGAUGAUACGAAAAUGAUUCUGUGUGCCUGCCUAAACCCUGUUGUCGGGUUCCCGGUAUUUUAUUCUGUCGCCUUUCUAAGGUGCUUCUUCCUGGCAUUUGGGGCGUUUCGCUUUGUGGACAUCUUCGCCGUGAGAAAGUCUAAUCUCGUAUAUCUGUUAGUGAACCUUUUUAUCAGUAAUAUUGUAAAACAUUUAUGCACCAAUGUCUCUGAAUCUUGCACCCUGAACAUUUAUAUAAUAAUACAUCAUCUAAAAACCCGGAAUGUCUGUUAUGGUAUUUUGUUUAAACGUUAGGACUGACGGAAAAUACGAUCCGGCGGAUGUGUUGAAUGUCAUAAGCAUGUUUGCAUGCAAACUUUGAAGACAUGUUUCCCAACGAAAAUGAAAGGAGUUUUGCCCCAGGACGGGUGUGUUACUGCUAUCUGGAAACUAGAAGUCUAUUUUCUACUGUGACAGCUGCAGAGGGCGUAUACUAGAUAUAAGGUCGUAUAAAUACGUGUGCAUCAUGCGUACUGACAAACACAAUCUCUUACUGAAAUGAUAUUCAAGCCGUUCGUUUUCGCCGCCGUUGUGGCUAUCGCCAGGGCAGGUCUCCUCGGUGCUCCUUCUGUAGUGAUCCCUGGGGCCCCUGCUGCUGCCGCCCCUGUGAACGUCGACACCGACUACGACCCGAACCCCUAUUACAGCUUCGCUUACGACGUCCAGGACACUGUGACAGGCGACUCGAAGGGUCAUCAUGAGACACGCAAUGGGGACUACGUACAAGGUGUUUACUACUUAGUGGAACCCGACGGCAUCCUUCGCAUUGUCGAGUACACCUCCGACCCCGUCAACGGAUUCAACGCCGUCGUACGCCGUGAGCCCGCCAAGUUCGUAACUCCGUUGACUGCCGGUAUUUCGUAUGGUGCGAAGGCCUAGUACCGCUAAUUGGCUGUUUCUCUGUAAUGUAGACCCAGAGCUGAGGCCUCCAUGCCUAGUCCCACCGUGUGGCCUCCUCAUUCUUCAUGUAAUAUAACAUUUGUCAAUAAACUUUUUACGUGUCCCCUC